AUGGCGCCUGCCACUGGACCUGUGGGGGAUGGAUUCACUGGAGGAGGGCUAUUGAAAAGGAAAAGAGGCAGUAGUGAGGAUGCGCCGGAAGCGAUAGGCGCUUUAAUACACGAUGCGAAGCGGAGAAAACCAGAUGCACUGGAAUCACUUCAGCUUCAAAAUUCUGGAGAAAGGCAUGUCACAGAAGAGCAAGCGCACGCUGUUGUUCAAGGCCGGGUUAGGGAUAUUAUCGAAUCCCAGUUUGGCCUCGAGAUCAUGCUGAAGCAUGAAGAACUUCGUUUGAUCAACCAAGAACUUGCCAAGUGUCAGGUCGCAUUAGAACAGCUUCGUCGCUGUCACCUAAUUCCUUAUCCAACAUCUCAAGGAACAGCAGAAUCAGUAUUGAAUGUUGCGAAUGGAACAGGGGCUACUCUCAAGAAAAGUGGCAAUGUGCCCCAAUGGGCGCCUGCUUAUGGAGUCACCGAUGGCCCAUACACGAGACAUUACUCCAAGUGGUUGAUUCCAGAUCCCAGUUUCGACGGAAUACCAGUUGAGACGAACAGGGGAUUUGAAGGAUCACGUGCAAGCAGACCUCUUCUAGAAGGGCGUGCCACCAGGCAUUCUUAUGCCGUGGAAAAUAGCACACCUGUAGGCAAAUCUAGGGCUCAAAGGGGCUCCAUAGGUGGAAGUCAAAAGCUUCAAGCUUUGUCGAGUGGCUAUCCUAUACAGAAGGGAAAGGCAGGCCCUUCUAUCCUCAAACGGCAAUCAGAUGGCCAAAUGAUCAAGCUUGUUUGCAUCGACUGUAAGCGGGAGGAUUUCUCUAGCACUCAAGGAUUUAUCAACCACUGCCGCAUUGCUCAUCAUCGAGAGUUCAAGAGCCAUGAGGAAGCAGCCGUUGCAAGUGGCCAGCCUAUUGAGGUUGACGAAUCAGGUGGUAUUGUUGGCGAGGAAAAGACACCGACCUCUACCAGUAUUGGCUUGGUGCAUCCUCUUAUCAGGAGUGCCCCAUCGAACAACAGUGCCUACGUUGACCUCUUAUCUCGUAUCGAGUCAUCUAUGGCAUUGUUCAAACAAGGCAAACUUCCUGGUGUCACUGCAAUACCAACCAGCGCCAAUGCGACACCGUCGAAAAAGACAAGUGUGAAACCCAUUCCACCUCAAAACAAGUCAUUUGUCCCGUCAACGGAGACACCGCAUCUCUCUGAUCUACUAAGCAAACAUGCAUUCCGUGGAAACCUUCCUGAGAUGGUUGCCGAUGCAAAGAAGAUUGUGGACUUUGAAGAGUUCUCUCCACUUGGUGACGAGUCUGAUGGUGGAGACAUCCCCGUUAAGAGCAACGUUCUUCAUCCUGCUCCUGGUAUGCGCAUGCCUGCCCGAGCUGGAAUGUCACCUGCCCCAACUGGUCGUCCAGAGAGCAGCAAAGGUAUCGACAGUAGAUUCAACGGGAUACCACCUUUAUUAUCCCAUGCUACCCCAGUCAUGAAUACAUCUACUAUCAAUACGCCAUCUUCCGAAGAUCAUCAUCACCAUGACAGCGAAUUUGAUGUGGAAAUGACAAGUCCUUCUAUCAGUGACCUUAGUCCCAACACUAUAGCCAGCAACAACGCACCACCACCCAGUCUCGUUAGUGACGAUGAAGACGAUGUCGAUGCUGAAAGUGUGAUCUCGGUGGACGAGCAUCAAGGCGACGAUAGUGACGUUGCUGAGAUCGACAUCGAAGACGAUGGAUUAGAGAAGGUUCCAAGGAUAAAAAACGGUGGUGGCCUGAGGAAAGAGGGAAAGCAUGUUACAUUUGUUGGCCCCGUGAAGGAGACUGGGAAGGAGAGGCGCAAUAAGUGA